UAAACCAAUGGGCACUCCAGGCUACAUAUGUUUUGGGAAUAUUGGGAUUAUUCUCUCCACUGAUCUAGGGAAAUCUACCUACAGACUGGUCUUUCCCACCGGCAAAGAGUUCAAAGAUGGAGUGGUUUAAAGCCUAGGACAGGAUAAGAUUUACCUGGUAACUGAUGAUGCUAGGCUGAAGCACUGAGCCAUUUGUCUCUACGUUUGUCUCCGCCUACUUCACCGAUCUGACAACUUUUAGUUUGAAACUCUGACUUAGAAGAGCUGGUAGGAACAGGUUUAGUAUCUAGGGGCUGGGUGACUCCAAAUCACUAAUUUAGUGGGGAUUGAGGAACUGGGGCAAUACUGUAUUCCUCGAAGGAUCUGGAGAUCAUCUAUCCAGGCUGGGGCUUCUGGAGCAGGCAAGGGCCCAGGGCCCCUGGAAGAACUGGUCCAGGGGACUGAAUUCCCAGUGUGUUCCUAGAGCAGAGCAUGAACACACUCCUGCCAUUGCUGCUAGGCCUCAGCCUGGGCUCCACCAGAGCAGGUGGCUUUUUAGCCCAUGUGGAAAGCACCUGUCUGUUGGAUGAUGAUGGGACUCCAAAGGAUUUCACAUAUUGUGUCUCCUUCAACAAGGAUUUGCUGACCUGCUGGGAUCCCCAAACAUCCCAAAUGGCCCCUUGUGAAUUUGGGGUACUGAGUGUCUUGGCGAAUUACCUCUCAGAUUACCUCAACCAACAGGAAAGCCUACUCCAGCGCUUGUCUAAUGGGCUCCAGGACUGUGCCACACAUACCCAGUCCUUCUGGGGAUCACUGACCCACAGGACACGGCCACCAACUGUGCAGGUAGCCAAAACCACUCCUUUUAACACGAAGGAGCGUGUGAUGCUGGCCUGCUACGUGUGGGGCUUCUAUCCAGCUGAUGUGAAUAUUUCAUGGAGGAAGAAUGGGCAGCCUGUCCUCCCUCACAGAAGUGCCCCUAAGAUGGCUCAGCCCAAUGGAGACUGGACGUAUCAGACCGUCUCUCAUUUAGCCACAACUCCCUCUUUCGGGGACACCUACACCUGCGUGGUGGAUCACAUCGGGGCUCUUGAGCCCAUCUGCGAGGACUGGACACCUGGGCUGUCCCCGAUGCAGACACUGAAGGUUUCGGUGGCUGCAGUGACUCUGGUCCUGGGCCUCAUCAUUUUCUCUCUUGGUUUGCUCAGCUGGCGGAAAGCUAGCUCCUCUGGCUAUAUUUUCCUCCCUGGGUCCAGUUAUCCAGAAGGUCAACACAUCUCCUAGAGGCAGGGUCCUACAACUUCCGCUCCAAGGGAGGAGGAGAUUCAAACUCUUAGUGAUGCUGCUGUGUCCCCUCAACAUCCUCAGACCCUCCAAAUUUUCUUGGAUCCUAUGGUUUCUCCACCCAGAUCUUUGAACUUCCCAGCCCACCCCAUGUAAACCUUAGUGAGUUGGGGAAACUCGUUCCUGGGAAUAUUCUGUAACCAAGUUAACAUCCAAGGCUAUGUUUCUGGGGCAAAUGCAGUCUGGGGAGGAAGGUUAAAGGCCCUUGUGGGGCCCACACUGUGCCAUAGGGGCCAGUGAGUCACUGGUGAUCAUGUCUGAGGAAUAAACUCUGGUGGAAAUAA